AUGUCUGUCCGGAGUGCAACAGCAUCUACAUCUUUGUCAGGGACUGUUACGGGCACCGCUGUGUCAACAAGCUCGAGCACCACUAGCAUCACAGUAUCAAGGACGCGGACUGCGACGGACACGACUGCAUGUGGCACCAACGCAGUCUUCAGGCGCGCAACAAAUAUGACAUUCGGGACCUUGACAUUCAGUAGCACAAGCACAACUAGCAGCUCCAGUACUGCAUCAGCUACAACACAGACUCAGAUGUCCAUAGCUUCAGUUGCCACGGCCGCUGUAGAGGAGUUUGAGGCGAGCCAAGAGUACUUGGCACGGCAGGCCUUGAGUGCAGCCAUGGCAUCUGAAGAUUUUGUGGAGUUGGUGGCGCAAGGGCCAGAUGGCACUACCCUUGUGGCUGCGGCAAUCAGAGCAAGCGCAAACAUGACGAACGUCACAGUGUCGGACGGCGGGGUGGCAGUGAAAGUGCCUGUAGCACUGGUCACGGCAGCCGGAGGUGGCUUUAUGCUGCUCACUUUUGCGGUGCUUGGGCAGGAGUCGCAAACUCUGGCAGCGCUCCAGGCUGCAGCAUCCUCUGCUGCUGAGCUUGCCGCAAAUCCUGUGAGCAUAGUCCUGCUGACUGCCAAUGGCACGGAGUGGUCCGGGCCUUUGCCAGAGCCACUGGAGCUGACGAUUCCUCUGAACGCAUCCAACAAUACGGAGGCAACGGGUGAGUGUGCCUUUUGGGACACGAGCACCAACAGCUGGUCCACGGAGGGUGUGUCGACGCUGUCCGUGGGCUUAAACGAGGUUGUGUGUCAAACCACACACUUGUCCCUCUUCGGCUUCAUCAUUCGCACCAUUGUGCAGGUCUUCGUUUGCUCUGCAGCUGCGGCGAUCUUCUCAGAGCAGGGCCUGCAGAAUCUGGGCCAAGGCACCUGGGCUCGGUCCAUCCCAGCGGCCCUGCACUGGGUGGCGAUUCUCUUCGGCGCAGUGCUGCUGUUCCGUUGCCGGAGAUACGACCAGCAGUACCAGCAGUACUUGUCCGAGCUGAAGCUGGCGGGAGAGGCUCAUAAAAGCAGGAAGCGGAGGAGGAAUUCGCUCCAAACCAGUCAGUUGCUUGCUCAUCAGCACUUUGGCUUCAAGCUCCCAGACACCAAGCGCUUCUCCAAAUACGUCUACUCCAUGAUUGUUCGCCGGAAGACGGGACAGUCGCUGGCGGACUUGGAAGGCAUGUACACAUCUGUAGGUACAGUUGAUGCGCACAUGAAGGCGCAAAAGUGCAUCCGCGACUUCUCGAGCUACGGUCUUCGCCAAAAGGCCCAGGCUUUGUACAAGGCGAGCAACGCCUGGGUGCGGUUUACGGAGCCUUCUCCCCUGAACUCCUGCGUCUUCCGGUGCUCGUUGCAUUUCGCUCAGAUCUACAGCAAGUGGGCCGUGGCUGCAGUCUUCUUCAAUCUGUCAGCCCGUGCACCGGAUCAAGGUGAAGAGUGUGAGGUCUUCGAGCGCUUUCCGGAGAUGAUGAUUCGGGCUGCCUUUGUCUCGGCCCUGUCAACUCUUCUGGGCAUUUUGCCCUUUCUCUUGCCUUUGCUCUUGAGAAGAUGCCCACAGUCCUGCACGCCCGUGGCGAAAGUCAUUAGUUACACCUACACCUUUGUCUACUUUGCGGUUUGCAACAUUGUGGUCUGCGUCUUUUUGUCCUCUGUCACUCUUGCGGAUGGCUUGAAGUGGUUUGCAAGUGGCAUCAUGGGCUUGAUGAGCUCGCUGCUGCUGAUGCCGGCCUUGGUGGCAUGCGCAAGCCUACUGCUGCUGCACAACACCUCCGCAGAUGUGGAUGAGUUGUACAACUGGGGCCCGUCGGAUCGAGAAGGCGAGGUCUGGCGCUAUUUGGAGUGCAGGCCCGAGAUUUCGAUCUCCCUGGCCACCCAGCGGCUCUUGCUGUGUAAGCAUCCAGCGUGUAGCCUGGAGGUGAUUUGUCAGGUGGCCGGAUUGCCGGAGACAGCUGUGACUUUGGACCGGGAUGAGGACUCGACCUCUAACGACAAGGAUGGUAAGGAAGAUGCUGGGACUUGGUGCGGAGCUCUCAGCGUGACGGAGGAGCAAUGGCUGCGGAUUAGCGCAAGGGCAAGGAGUGAUCAGAGUGAUCACGCAUGGGAGCUGGGGUUCAUAUGUUUAUCCAUGGAGAGCCUUAGAGGCGGCUUUCAGGGUGCCCUUGAGCUGCAAUGCCCUAGGCACUUGCAAGCAUAUCUUGAGGCGAACAUCCCUGAGCCGACGGUGGAAAUUGCCGUUUAA